AGAGGUUGUUCCCCAUGUUAUAUCUGAGCCAGACACCUCUGUCAAUUUGGGCAUCGAGGCAGUGUUCACACCUUACAAUCUAACACUUAUGGUUGUGCCUCAGGUUCGAUAUGUCCUUGUUCCCAAGUUUGCACCCCAUUUGUUUGGUAAUAUUCCUGAGAAAAAGGAGCUGCAAUCCAACUUGUCUAACUCGCAAUUCAGACAAUUUAUUCCAUGCCACUGGAAGUUGUUUCAAUCACGGCUAGUUCAUCCAGAAAUCACACUCCUUCAAUUUCAUGGUAUUUGGCGAAAACAAUUUGAUCCUGGCAUCAACAAGAUGGAUGCUAGUGUUUCUAAACAGGAGUCUCCACACUCUUUUCCAUGUGCUUUUAUUAGAUAUUCAACACUUACUCUCCUUGGUUUAAUUUGGAAGCCUUUUGAUCCUGGUAUUUUGAGGCAACUGAAGUCCUUUAUCGUGAUGUGAACUCGAGGUCGAGUUCUUUACAAGAAGAGGAGACUGAUGUAGGAGCUUUUUAAGAUAAUUUUAGUAUUUUAGUAAUUUUAC